GAGGAGGAGGAGGAGGAGGAGGCGGGAGCAGCAUCCGGAGCAGAGCUGCAGCAGCGCCGCCUUUUGUGCUGCGGCCGCCGAGCCCCCGAGGGCCUGCCCCGGACCGCCACGCUGGGGUCCAGAGGCCAUGGCCUGCCUCCAUGAGACCCGAACACCCUCCCCCUCCUUUGGAGGCUUCAUGUCAACCCUAAGUGAGGUGUCCAUGCGCAAACUGGACCCAGACACUUCUGACUGCACCCCUGAGAAGGACCUGACGCCUACCCAGUGUGUACUUCGAGAUGUAGUGCCCCUCAGUGGGCAGGGCGGGGGUGGGCCCAGCCCCUCCCCAGGUGGAGAGCCGCCUGCUGAGCCUUUUGCCAACAGUGUCCUGCAGCUCCAAGAGCAGGAUGCUGGGGGCCCAGGGGGAGCCACUGGGUCCCCUGAGAGUCGGGCAUCCCGAGUUCGAGCUGAUGAGGUGCGGCUGCAGUGCCAGAGUGGCAGUGGCUUCCUUGAAGGCCUCUUUGGCUGCCUGCGCCCCGUCUGGACCAUGAUUGGCAAAGCCUAUUCCACUGAGCACAAGCAGCAGCAGGAAGACCUCUGGGAGGUCCCCUUUGAGGAAAUCCUGGACCUGCAGUGGGUGGGCUCAGGGGCCCAGGGCGCUGUCUUCCUGGGGCGCUUCCACGGGGAGGAGGUGGCUGUGAAGAAGGUGCGGGACCUCAAGGAGACGGACAUCAAGCACCUGCGAAAGCUGAAGCACCCCAACAUCAUCACCUUCAAGGGUGUGUGCACUCAGGCUCCCUGCUACUGCAUCCUCAUGGAGUUCUGUGCCCAGGGCCAGCUGUAUGAGGUACUACGGGCUGGCCGCCCUGUCACCCCCUCCUUGCUGGUUGACUGGUCCAUGGGCAUCGCUGGUGGCAUGAACUACUUGCACCUGCACAAGAUUAUCCACAGAGACCUCAAGUCCCCCAACAUGCUGAUCACAUAUGACGAUGUGGUGAAGAUCUCAGAUUUUGGCACUUCCAAGGAGCUGAGUGACAAGAGCACCAAGAUGUCCUUCGCAGGGACAGUAGCCUGGAUGGCCCCUGAGGUGAUCCGCAAUGAACCCGUGUCUGAGAAGGUCGACAUCUGGUCCUUUGGUGUGGUACUGUGGGAACUUCUGACUGGUGAGAUCCCCUACAAAGAUGUAGAUUCCUCAGCCAUUAUCUGGGGUGUAGGAAGCAACAGUCUCCAUCUGCCUGUGCCCUCCAGCUGCCCAGAUGGCUUCAAAAUCCUGCUUCGCCAGUGCUGGAACAGCAAGCCCCGAAAUCGUCCAUCAUUCCGACAGAUCUUGCUGCAUCUGGACAUCGCCUCAGCCGAUGUGCUCUCUACACCCCAGGAGACUUACUUUAAGUCACAGGCCGAGUGGCGAGAAGAGGUAAAGCUGCACUUUGAAAAAAUUAAGUCAGAAGGGACAUGCCUGCACCGCCUUGAAGAAGAACUGGUGAUGCGGAGGAGGGAGGAGCUCAGACAUGCCUUGGACAUCAGGGAGCACUAUGAACGGAAGCUUGAGAGGGCCAACAACCUCUACAUGGAACUUAAUGCUCUGAUGUUGCAGCUGGAGCUCAAGGAACGGGAGCUACUCAGGCGGGAGCAAGCUUUAGAGCGCAAGUGCCCAGGCCUGCUGAAGUCCCACCCUUCACGGGGCCUCCUGCAUGGUAACACAGUGGAGAAGCUCAUCAAGAAGAGGAAUGUGCCACAGAAGCUGUCACCCCACAGCAAAAGACCAGAUAUUCUCAAGACAGAGUCUUUGCUACCUAAGCUAGAUGCAGCCCUGAGUGGGGUGGGGCUUCCUGGCUGUCCUAAGGGGCCUCCCUCACCAGGAAGGAGUCGCCGGGGCAAGACCCGUCACCGCAAGGCCAGCGCUAAGGGCAGCUGUGGGGACUUGCCUGGGCUUCGUGCAGCUGUGCCAGUCCCUGAACCUGGGGGACCAGGAAACCCAGGGGGGCUAGGAGGGGGACCCUCAGCCUGGGAGGCUUGUCCCCCCGCCCUCCGUGGGCUCCACCACGACCUUCUACUACGCAAGAUGUCUUCAUCAUCGCCAGAUCUGCUGUCUGCAGCACUGGGAACCCGGGGCCGGGGGGCCACAGGGGGAGCUGGGGAUCCUGGCUCACCACCUCCAGCCCGGGGUGACACCCCCCCAAGUGAGGGCUCAGCCCCUGGCUCCACCAGCCCAGAUUCACCUGGGGGAGCCAAAGGGGAGCCACCUCCACCAGUGGGACCUGGUGAAGGUGUGGGGCUGCUGGGAACUGGAAGGGAAGGGACAGCAGGCCGGGGAGGAAGCCGGGCCGGGGCCCAGCACUUGACCCCAGCUGCACUGCUGUACAGGGCUGCUGUCACCCGAAGUCAGAAACGUGGCAUCUCCUCAGAGGAAGAGGAAGGAGAGGUGGACAGUGAAGUAGAGCUGACAUCAAGCCAGAGGUGGCCUCAGGGCCUGAACAUGCGCCAGUCACUAUCUACCUUCAGCUCAGAGAACCCAUCAGAUGGGGAGGAGGGCACAGCUAGUGAGCCUUCCCCCAGUGGCACACCUGAUGUUGGCAGUACCAACACUGAUGAGCGGCCAGAUGAGCGGUCUGAUGACAUGUGCUCCCAGGGCUCAGAAAUCCCACUGGACCCACCUGCUUCAGAGGUGGUCCCUGGUCCUGAACCCAACUCCUUGCCCAUCCCACAGCAGAACCUACUCAGAAGGGAACAGGGCCCUACCAAUUCUGAGGACUCAGACUGUGACAGCACUGAAUUGGACAACUCCAACAGCGGUGAUGCCUUGCAGCCCCUAGCUUCCCUUCCUCCAUGAAAGCUACCCUUAUUCCCUGUACAUAGAGAAAUAUUUAUAUAAAUAAUAUAUAUGCGCCACAUAAUCAACAAAGGUGGGGCCAUCCCAGCCUUAAGCCCUGACUCACCUGAUAAAAUCUAGGGACACUGGCAUUUGUGGAAGUGCGUGACAAGUACUACCCUAGAGCAGUGCGCAAGGGGAAGCAGCACCCCAUCCCUCAUGUUCAGCAAGUGGUAGGCAAUAGCAAAGCCAGGUUUGUCUCCUAUGCUCCUCUAUAUCCCACCACCACCGAAUCCUGGGGAGCAGAAGAGGGUAUCACGUAGACUGCACUUAUUUUGUUUUCCGUUAACUGUUUACACGUUUUGCACUUGGGAGGAGGGAGGCUAAGGCUGGGUCCUUCCCUCUGAGUUUUCUCAGGUGGCAACUGUAACUCAUUCUUCAUCCCUCCAUUUCUCUGCCCAAACCAUGGCUUGGGGGACCUGGGGGUGGGGUGGGGGGGAGGUUAGGAAACUGAUAGCAUGUGCUGGCUCAGGCUGAAGGAUUGGGGUGUAAGUCCCUGCUUUGAUCCCGGUGCUGAUUGGGGUGGGGACUGUCAUAUUGUAAUCCCUGUGAAAAACCUUGAAAUAUAACCACUCCAUGCAGGCCCAGCUGUUGAGGGUUUUCUUGGUGAACCAAUGGGGUAGCAUACAUGGUAAGUAGGACCAUAUCUGAGGACUUUGGACAAGUUACUUUCCCUUUUAUGCUUCUUUUUUUUAACUACCUAAAUGAACAUCAUCACCCCAAGCCCCAAUCUUCUAAACUUUUCUGCAUAAAUGGCAUCUAAAUUAUUUUAGCUAUUAAAAAGAAGAAGAAAAUCAAGUUUAGUUUACAAUUUGCAAACUUCGACAAGGGGAGAGACAGUUCCCAACAACUUGAAUAUCAGUUGGAUCUAUGUUCUUCUGCCUCCACAUGCAUGCAUAUCUGCAUCCUCCUACACCCUCCUCCCCCAAUUUUGGGGGCUUAAGUUUUACAAGGCUAACCAAGUGCACCGUCAUCUUGCUACAGCUAUUAGGUCACCUUGGGAGCAAAGGCAAGGUGUUCAAGAGAAAACAGAAUCAAGGGUCACAAAAAAUGGAGUUGUGGUAAAAUAGAAGAAAGCAUCUUAACUGGAAUAAAGGCUUCUAUUAAAAACCCAAGAAGGGUCCUUGUCCUUUGCUGGAUAAAAGGUAUAAAAACAACAGCAAGACAACAGGAAUAAAACCCACAUGAAUCACUGUGGCAUCCAGUUUCUAUUCACAAAGAAAAAGCUCCAGUCCAUCUUUUAAUUUUUUUUG